AUGGAGGUAGAGACGGAGCAAGUGAAGGAGUCUAACACGCCGUCCCCGCCGUCUCUGCCCGCUGAAGACCAGGGAACGAACGAGGUCGACGCAAACGCGCCUCCUGUAGCGACCUCGGGCAUCAAGCAGCGCAGCGUGGAGCGUGGCUCCCCUAACUCUUCUGUCAAACGGAACGGCUCCCUGCGGCGAGACGGCAUCAGCAGGAAGGGCUCCCUCAGACGUGACCAGAGGACGGGAGAGAAACGACGGAGCCGCACGGGAAGCCUAGGCAGCCUGGUUGGCUACGAGGCCAAGUACCCUGUAAGUCCGGUCCCGGUCGGAACCGCCUGCGUGUUCAUUCUAUAA